CCCGAGUUGUUAACGAAGGCGGGUGGAUGCCACACGCUACUUCUGGAGACGCCUCUUCCCUUCCUCUUGCUAUCAUUUUUCACCCAACCUAAUAUAUUCACAUCACUUUCUUUAGGGUUCCCGUUUCUCAAUUCCAAUUCUAAAUUCAUUCUUUCCUCUUUCUUCAAGGUACAAUUCCUUGUCUCGUGUAAUUUCUUGAUAAGAAAAUGGUUUCGGAAGUUUCAGGUCCAAUGGCUGCCCAAGUCAAUUUAGGGCCAGAGAUAACUGGUGGCAGGUCCUUUCGUAAUAAAAAGAACACUAUGAAAGUUCCUAAGAAGAUUCAUAAAGCUGAAAGGGAGAAACUGAAACGUGAUUAUAUGAAUGAGCUCUUCCUUGAGCUAGGCCGUGUUCUUGAACCAACUCGGCAGAAUAAUGGUAAGGCCUCUAUAUUGGAUGAUGCCACUCGAUUAUUGCGGGAUCUUCUUACUCAGGUCAAAUCUCUCAAGAAGGAAAACGUGGCACUUUUAUCCGAAUCUCAUUAUGUUACUGCGGAGAAGAAUGAGCUAAAGGAUGAGAAUGCUACCCUGGAAUCUCACAUCGAAAACCUACAAUCUGAGCUACGGGAGAGGACUUUAUUGAAACCAGGUUGGGAUGCAGCAGUUCCUGCUCAGUUGCCAAUCAAUAAUGCACUAACAGCAUUUUCGAAGGAUCACUUAACCAUCCCUGUGGUGGAAACUACUUUGCAAUCUCAGCCUAUCUUGGGUCCCGUUCUUGUAAUCCCCCUGUGCCAUGAUGUUCAAGCUUCUCCAGAAACUGAAGCUAUACAAACUCCAAACAAGAUAUUGUCAAACGUGAGUAGACCGCAUGCUCGAUAUCCUACACCAGCAGACUCCUGGCCAUCCCAACUCCUUGGUGAGAAACAAAAAGCAGCAUAGGAAGGUGAACUUAUAGGGACCGGGGGAUGACUAAGCUAUGGGUAUGUUAGGUAAUUGUAGAGUGUGGAUGAUAAUUUCUUUUUGUCUUGCAAUAUUUCUCACCCCUUUCAGUGUACAAAUGCAAAAUAGAAUUUAGUAGGAGCAGUGGAGCACCAUAUAUAUGUAAUUACAUGAUGAUGGUGAACCAUGAAAGGGCCGGUGUUGGUAAUGGUUAUAGUUCCUGUGAAUUUGCAAGAUAUUGGUGGUGAAGAUUCUUUAACUGAGCUCCACGCUGUGGUCCUCUAUUCUUUUUGGGUCUUCCUUUGUAUACCCCCUAAAAACACUAAUGGUACCCCUAUAAAUAUAUCAAGAUACGAUUCAUAUAUCAUGAUUUAAUUCCUUCGUA